GCAGGAGCCCCGCAAAUGACGUGCUCCGGUACCGAAACGGCAGAACACAGGUAGGGACACAACGGACAUAAAGUGGAGACUAUCCCCUAUUUCCAUGUCCCGUGUUUCAGUGAAGCCAUCUCGAGCAGGGUAGCCAAGAGAUAUAAAUAGGCUAGACAUUCUUCGGGGCGUGAUCUAGUCGAGUCAAUAACUGAUCAAUAUCAAUACCAAUCCAACCCUACGAUUUCCCCCCUCGAAAUGGCGACUGACGCGUGCGCUCAGCUCCCGCCCGUCUCGGCGGACUACACCCCGAAGGGCAGGUACGAGACCAUCGCCGGCCUCAAAACGUACAUCAUCGGCCCCACCAACCCGACCCGCGCCAUCGUCGACGUGUACGACGUCUUCGGCCUCGCGCCGCAGACGCUGCAGGGGGCCGACCGGCUGUCAGCGCUGGCGUCGGCGCUCGUGCUGGUGCCCGACUUCUUCGACGGCGACGCCGCCAGCCCGGACUGGUUCCCCGCCGACACGCCCGAGAAGGAGGCCGCGCGGAACGGGUUCCUGCGCGAGAGGGCCGACGUCGGCGCCGCCGUCGAGAGGCUCGUCGCCCUGCGCGGGGAGCUGGGCGCCAGGUGGCCGGGCGUCGAGGACCGCGUCGGGGUGUUUGGGCUGUGUUUUGGAGGUAAGGUUGCCGUCCUGGCAACCGGGGAAGGCAACGAGGGACGCGGCCGAAGAUUCGCGGUCAGCGGGACGGCGCAUCCUGCCCGUCUCGAAGCCAAGGACGCCGAGGCCCUCACGGCGCCGCACAUCUGCCUUGCUUCUCCCGGGGAGCCGGCAGAUGUCGUGGCGCAGUACAAGGAGAUCCUCUCGCGGCCCGGCAAGACGGGCCAUGUCGAGACCUAUGACAAGAUGUUCCAUGGGUGGAUGGGGGCGCGGGCGAACCUAAGCGACGAGACUAACCUCGCGGAAUAUGAGAGGGGUUAUAAUCAGGUCUCGGAGUACUUUUCCAAAUACCUGUAACCGAAACAUGACGGAAGGAAAGCAGGCAAAAGACCUGGCUCUACUGUUAAGUCGAUAAAGAACAGACUUAUGAACAGAGGAGAAUGGGGUAUACCCUACAGUGUGCUCAUUCUGACUGAAGCCUUUCUGCAGCUUGGUAGGCAUAACCUACCAAGUCCCUUGAAACUGCCGAUUUUACUUCAUAAGACAUUAUUUUCUCUGGAGCUGAAUGGGGGUGGGCGACAAUAAUCAAUCGUUUCUGUGACCUCAUCGAGUCUUCUCACCAGCGGAACUGAGGCCGUGGGACUUUCAAAUCUGACCUAGAAUCUCCUUGAUGACCCUGGAGGAUCACUCGAGUCCUCACCUUACUGCUGGCCGAGGUGAGUUGGGUGGAGUAACAAUUGUACUGUACAAUACUUGUAUGGAAGGAACUAUUGUUCUAUGAUACCCCCAGGCUCGAACAGAGCUCCUCGGGAAACCAC